CGUCGAGAUCGUUACGCGUUUCGCGGAGCUCGCCGUGCGUGCAUCACAUUUAUCAGAACAAACCGUGACUGGUCACUCGGGUAUUUCUUGGCUCGAGUUCAGGCGGGGUUUCCUUCCUAUGUUUACCUUUAUCUCUAGAAUGGAAGGUACAAAAAUUUAAAGCUCUAAACGCCGUAUCCUCGUGCCGCUCGAGUUGCCGUAGCCUGCCUUUUGGGAUGGAUUCUCACAAACGAACGAUUUUUUUCACGGUGAUCAUUUCGUCGUGCGCCGGAAUGGUAUACAGCUGUGCCUGCACAAAAAACGUAAAACACUGCGCAAACGUUUACCAAAUGCCGGUGGACUUCCAAACGGCUGAACGGGUUUGCGGAGAACGGGGCGGUCGGUUACUCAUCCAGGCUAACGCAUCUGAUGAACUUGUGGACUAUCUCCUUAAUAACCUGAUCGGACACUUUUGGACCGGGCUCUCCGUGUCAAGCGAAAUGUGUUUAAAUAAUACGGGCUCACGGAGCUCAGACUUCACCAACUUGGAGACCGAAGGAAAGUCGUGCGUCCCGCUCUGCGCGUCCGUCUCAGCCGACGGGAUGCGGACGCCGAGACCGUGCGCGGAGAAACUGAACGGGUUUCUGUGCGAGGAAACUCGGGGGGAACUUUGCAAAGGAAGCGCGGUCGUUCUGGAUAGCGCGCGCUGUAUGUUCGCGCCCUGCGAGCAUAAAUGCGCUCCGGUGAAAAACGGAUACCGGUGCUCGUGCAAGGAAAGCUUCCGUUCGAACGCGCGAGAUCCCCGCCGCUGCGAUUUCUACUGCUCGGAGAGGGUUUGCCAGGCGCUGUGUUUGAGAGGCGGGUCCGCGUGUUGGUGCCCGGCCGGUUUUGUUAGAAGCGAGCAAACCUGCGAAGAUAUCGACGAAUGUGAAUCGAAUCACGGCUGCGCGCACAAGUGCGAAAACACGAUAGGGUCUUACGGAUGCGCUUGCUACGAGCCUUUCAUCCUCGUCAAUGAAACCGAAUGCACUCUUUCUUCUAGUCUGUAUAAUGCUAAACUGUUACCAACACCGUCAUCGAAUUAUAUAGCAAGAGGGGCACUGUCGACCCCAGCAGAGUAUGCUGGGCUGAUAGUAUUCCUAGUAGUGGCUCUUUUUGCUCUGUUAGUGCUCGUGUAUUAUUUGCGCGGUCGUAAAGUAACUGUACAGGAACGCAAUCCACCGGAUCAUGAAGAGUUUCAAGAAAGUGCGUCCAAGUGAACAAUAGCUGCAUAGCUAGGUGUUUUUAUAAAAAGCAAAAUCUCUUAAUAUGUGUGUAAAACUGAAAUGUUAAAAGUUAAAUGAUUUCUUAUCUGGCAGUGGCCUAUAGUGCCCAUGGUUCUUAUAAAAAAUCAUGUAGCUUGCCCUUUAAAAAUUACCAGCAACCUAAUAUGGUCGCAUUUCUCUGUGCGGAUGUUGGGAGUUACUGGUUGUGUGUGUGUGUGUGUGUGUGUGUGUGUGUGUGUGUGUGUGUGUGUGUGUGUGUGCGCGUGUGUGUGUGCGUGUACUUGGUAUUUAUGGGGACCCCCAAGGAUAGGUAUACCAGUACAUUUUAACCUUGUGGGACGUUUUAGGUACCCAUUAGGAAACAAGGUUAUAAAACAUACAGAAUUAGAAGUAGGACAAUAACACAUACAGUCUGUACAGUAUAAAAACAAUUACGCCUAUGGAGAGUUGCCAUUAAACAUGGCAAAACAGUGUGUGUGUGUGUGUGUGUGUGUGUGUGUGUGUGUAAAAACAAGCAAAUCAGCCUAAAUUUCCCAUGUUAUCCUACAUAUUUUAUCUUCUUUACAUUUAGGCCUUGAUAUCUGACAAGCUUCUCCAACUGAAUAUAUUCAGUGGUCUAGCUUUGUUUCUGGAGAACGUUACCAAAUAACUUAAUUUUACAGAAAACACAUUUGAAUGGAUGAGAUAAAAACACCUCUGACAUGUUAAAAUAUCUUUGCUAACAUAUGUUUUAUAUUGUUGUAGCCUAUGCGCCCUAAAUUUUCAGUGUAAAACACAAUUGUUUCUGGUGCCAUUAGCACAGCUAGACUGUCAACUAUUGUAUUUUCAACUAUAAACAAUAGUUAUUUGUUGGAUAUGUAUGCAUCUAUAAUCCACCAAUCACUGUAGUUAUGUUUUCAUUGAUCUAUUCUGUUUCAAUGGUUAACUCAUCAGUUAUUUGACUGAACGAUGAAAGAAAAAGGUCUAUAUACUUGUGUUAAAAAAAAAAAAAUGAAGUUAAUUUUAAAAUUCAAAUAAGCUGUGCAUAUUUUUAUUGGAAAGCGUUUUAAAGGUUUUUCAUUUGUGUUCAGUCAACUAUGCACGUGAGUCCUGAAGACUCUUUGGCGACAUAUUUGAUGACCUUCAUGAACACGCCAUAUUCCUGCUGCAGAUUGUUGCCAGGGGCAACGAAAACUGCGAUGUCUGUGCUGUAAGAACCCUCAAAAACUGCUGCAGGAAGUUGGAUCUCAUUCUGUAAGAAGCGGCAGAUCUGAUUCAGUCCAUGAGAAUAAGACACACAGUGUAGGCUACUGUGCUGUAAGCGGCUGGUAGACAAACAUACUCACUGCAGGUUUUUAUGAUAACUGGUCCGUUAUGUACAGACAAACGUUUUCAAUUGUUGUAAUAUUUGAAAGUAUGACUUGUUAUGUGCUGUUGUGCUUGCUUUUGCUAGUUAUUCCCCUGUCAAAUAAAGUAUAUAGCUGCUGUCAAAA